AUGGCUGACUCUGAACAUUCUUCUUCUGAUGAAACUUCUGUGGAUUCUAGAGAGGAAACAAGUAAGGAAUCGAAGCUUGAAUUCUCUGAGGAUGAGGAGACACUUAUAAUUAGGAUGUUUAAUAUAGUUGGAGAGAGGCUUAUUUGUUUUGUCCUUCUGUGGUCUCUAAUUGCUGGGUGGAUUCCUGGAAGAACAGCCGAGGAAAUAGAGGAGUACUGGAAUACUAGAGCAAGUUCUGCUUUUGUCAUUCAUAAGAGUCCUUUGCCUUUCUGUAGAGCCACGGCCACCAAGCUGGCAAAAUCGACUAGAUAA